AUGACAGUAUUAAUAAUAUUAGAUGAAGUUACCAGUGAUACUCCAAAUAAUGAAAAACUGUUAAAAUGUUUCUACUGCCACAAAUGCGGUAAAUUCUUCACAACAUUUCUACAGCUCCACCUUCAUGCCCUAAGAUAUGCUGAACAUGAACAUCAAUUCCGUUGUGCCAUUUGCAACUACACAGUGGGAUCGGUUUUGAUCGAGUUGCUUCAGCACAUCGAAAAGUUUCAUAACAGUGAUACAUUUAAACUUGUGGAAGAAAAAAUGGCAGAAAACGAGCCUGAGGUGAUACGUUACUACUGCGCAAGCUGCGGUAAAGGGAUACGCACUUUACACGAUUUGCUGAUACAUGAUAAAGACCAUCAAGGUGAUCUCUUAUGCUGUGACGUAUGUCCCAAACAAACAGCUACAUUUUCAAUGUUGAUGACUCAUUAUAAAGAGCACACAGUACUAGGCCAUAUUCAUUUACAAUGUCAAAUGUGUUCGUUGAAAUUCUACCAUCCAACCCCAUUAAAAUUACACUAUUACACCGUGCACAGGCACAUGUUAAAUAUACCUUUCGAGUGCGAUUUUUGCCAAGAGGUUUUAUUUGAUGACGAAGAAAGGUUUCUUUUUCACGUGCAAGCUCAUACAUGUUUAAAUACAGAAAUAAAAUCAAACAGGCUUAGAAUGGAUGUGUCCAAAUCGACUUGCGAAGUGUGCGGCCGAAUAUUUAACAGUAUUGGUGAGUGCAAAAGACAUAAAUCUGGAGCGCAUCGACUUAAAAAAAAUGCUGAAAGAACUUGUCCGAUUUGCAAAGGUACAGUGACUUUAAAAACAAUUUCUGAUCAUUUGACUUAUCAUGAAAAACGCAAAGCGUAUGAUCAUUCUAUUGAAUUUCCUAACAAGGUUGCACCCAAUAAAAAUAAUCAACUAGAAGUGCUAGCUGAUGUCGUUGCUUUAUCUCAACAACAUGUACCAGAACCUGAGAAACCGAAGAAAGAUAGGUGGAGGACAAGGCAAAAUUUAAGAAUAAUAGUGCCAGACAAAUCAACUCGACCUUUACCUAAAUCCAAACCAACUCAGCCAAUACCUUCUACACCCAAAUCAAAACCAUCAACAUCUUACGAGCCCAGACCACAAAUUCGGAUUAACCUUGAACACAUGAAGGAGCACGUUUCAAAAAAGGCCUCGUCAUCGAAACAACAACCCAAAUUACCAAUUGAGUCUGAACAUAUGAAGGAGCACGUUUUAGAAAAAGCUUCGUCAUCAAAACAACAACCCAAACUACCAAAUGAGUUCGGUCCAACUCAAAUGAAAUGCACCAAAUGCGAUAAAUCUUUCACAUUCUCUGUUGUAUUGAGAGAACACAUGAAGGAGCACGAAAAAGUCUCACACCAGCCCAAACCAAAAAUUCAAAUGAAUUUUAAGUCUCGUCCAACUCAAAGGAAAUGCAGCAAAUGCGAUAAAUCUUUCUUUUUUUCUGCUGCAUUGAACGAACACAUGAAGGAGCACAUUUUGCCAUUACAACAAUCGACUGAAUCUCAAGUUCCAUCAUUAGGUGACAUGUUUUUGGAAUGGAAUUCCGGCAAUGACCCACAAGAAGAAAUUGUUUCUAUAGAUCUGACAUCGCCACCACGUGAUCAACAUGAAGAUAAUGGCAGUUAUUGGGUGGAUGAGACAAUAUCUAGGAAACAUAUUGGAGUAGAGCCUAUUGCGGAUCCUAAUUCUAUAGAUUAUAUACAGCAUUGUUAUGGAAUAGAUACACCGUAUUUUCCAAGUUAUUCUUAUCCUUAG